AUGGCGGAGGUGGCCACCGGGCCGGGCGGAGGCGUUUAUUGGAGUCGGGACAUUUCUGAUGAAGAACAGCCAAUGGUAUCUGUUUCAGGAGUAUCUACAAAAGGAAAUUUAAGAACAAGGUAUUUGCCAAAACAUCAAAAAAGUGAAACUGAGCUAAAGGUGCCUGUAGCUGUUGCUUCUGUUUCCAUGGAUCCUGUUAGAAGCACAGGAGAUCUGACAGGGCCGCAGGUCACUAAUGAAGGAGGAAUGAAGAGUGCUUCUUUGAAGGAUUUGUGUCCUGAGGACAAGAGACGCAUUGCAAACUUAAUUAAAGAACUUGCCAGGGUAAGUGAAGAAAAGGAGGUGACAGAAGAACGGCUGAAAGCUGAACAGGAGUCAUUUGAGAAGAAGAUCAAACAGCUAGAGGAACAGAAUGAACUUAUCAUCAAGGAAAGGGAAGCUCUGCAGCAGCAGUACAGAGAAUGCCAGGAACUUUUGAGCCUUUAUCAGAAGUACCUAGCUGAGCAGCAGGAAAAACUAUCGCUCUCCCUUUCUGAACUCAGUGCAGCCAAGGAAAAGGAGCAGAAGGUAUCCAGUAAGAAGAGCUCAUGCCAACAACCAGCUUUGGAGCUAGAUGGUUCCUACUUGGGUAUUGGGGGACUUCAAACUUCUUUUUAUAAGAACAGCAGAGCAUCGAAGGCUGGAAGCCCAGCCGGUGUUGCGUUGUCUCAGCCUUGCAGGAAUAAUCACGAUUACGGGACUGAAAUCCAUUACAACCAUCAGGAGUGUCUGAAGGAAUAUCCGGUGGAAAAUGGCUUGCACAGAAAGUGUAACAAUAUGAUUUCCCCAGCCAAGCAGAGGAGCCCUCACCGUAUAAAACCAGCUCAGGAGAUGGACCAGAAAGCAAAUGAAUUUCCGAGCACGUCCCCUCAGCAAGUGAGUCAGGCUUGUGCCUGCAGGCACGUAGGGAGUUCAGGGAGCGUGCGAGAGGGCCACCAUGUCAGCCAGGUACCGAGAAGACACUCUGGGCCGGUUUAUCAAACCUGUGAUUAUUCUAGGUGCUCUCGAGUUUCUGGGCUGAAUGACAGCGUGGACUCAGGGCCUAAAGAAACAGAGCAGGCUAAGAGGUUGUAUGAAGAAAGAAGGCAGAAGCUGCUUCUGCAGAAAAUGGAGCUGGAAAUUGAAAAGGAACGACUCCAGCAUUUGUUGGCUAAGCAAGAAGCAAAACUGCUCCUAAAACAACAGCAACUACACCAGUCCCGUAUGGAUUAUAACAGGUUUAGAGGCCAUGUACCAGGUUCAGAAGAUGUGCCCAUUGACGAGGCACCUGGAGAACUUGCUCUGAUGAUGAAUGGCAACAGCAUGGGGCUAAGUGUACCAGUGUUGAAACGUGAAGAUUAUUUUCUGAGGACACCUCCAGUGACCAAAACCUCCAGAAGACCAGGGAGCAGUGGUGGGAGCAGUUCGGGGAAGAAAAUGGUUGGCUUUGGUGCAAAUGUGGAAGAUGGGCAAACCCUUCUGAUGCAAACCAAGAAGGAAGGCACCAAGCCAAGGAAAGGGACAACUUCAGGACCUAGGAAGGAUGCAGCCACAUCUCCUGUGCUGAUAGGCAGCAGCAAAGAGCUUGCAACAACAGCUGCGUCACCAAUCCAGCAUGACACUUCACGGUACGAAGCCUGUCUUCUUGACCUGGUUGAAGCUAUGAGUCCGAUAGCUGCCCCAGGACACCUCUGCAGAGAAUCUUACGACAGGAACAAAAUGCACACGCUUCGUCACGUGAGCCACAGGCCGUCGUCUUGGUACCAGACCCCUUGCAGCUCCAGAAGCAGAGCAGAUGAGCUAGAGGAGAGCCGGCUCCUCGAGGAGAUUUUCUUCAUUUGACACGCCUCAUUGGUCUACAGCCCUUCUGUAGAAUUUUCAGGACCUUUU